UGAUUCAAUUGUGUCAUUACGCUGCAAAUGUAGUUCUACAACCAUCUUCGCAACUGUCACACUAAAUAAGGUUUUGAUGAUCUCUUAAGUUAUCCAGAGAAUACUCAAAAGAUAUAUCGAAUAAACAAAUAUAGUAAACAUACACAUCAAGUCUUGUUUUUAUCAACAAUAUAAGAAUUUACGAUUAUUGCGCAUUGCUUUUUUUUGCACAUCAACAACAUGGCGGGAGAAUUCUUAUUUUAAGUUUCUUGAGAUCAACAUACCAAGAUAUUUCACACAAGACAGUCAGGUUGCUGCAAAAAGAAACAUACCGUUUUGAUAGUACUUUCUGAUUUUUUUUUUGCUGUCCACCAUGGCCAGCAAUGGUUGUUGCUAUUUGGAUGGUUGCAGUGAUGCAGCUAAUGAAGAAUUUAACUCUAACAGUGAUGGAUUAAAUGUUUCUCUGUCUCCUGUUGCUUCUUCAACUAACAUGUCUUCUGAUGGAACAACAGUUAGUGUUACUAAGCAACUGUGUAACGGAGAAACAAGUUUGGAUAAAAAGAUACACGAUACCGAUGGUGACAUGGAUAUGGAAUAUCAUUUUAAGGCUAUUACCAACAACUAUACCAACAACAUUGAUAAUAAUACCCCAGUCUCUAGUGCUGUAAUUACUCCAAGCACAUCUGAUACAGAUACCAUUACAAAUAGCAGUAUGAGUAGUGGCAGCAGCAGUCCUGUAAACUUCAAGUCAAAUGAUGACAGCAACAACAACAAGAAUUCUAACAAUAAAAGGAAAUUGAUGUUUUCUGUUGGUCAGGAUGUUCUUGCCAGAUGGAAUGAUGGUCUUUUCUAUUUAGGCAAUAUUUUAAAGGUAGAUGACAAAGCUUGUAAAUGUUUUAUCCGUUUUGAAGAUGAUUCUGAAUUUUUGGUUAUGUUUAAAGAUAUUCAAAGAGGAGCUAAAGAAGGAGAAAUAAUGUGUUGUUCAUGUCUAGGUGAAUCUUCAGAUGCUCCAGAUGAAAUAGUUCUCUGUGAUAAUUGUGGAUUAGGGUACCAUCAACUUUGCCACAACCCUGCCAUUGAUACUCAGGUCUUAAAUCCUGAAGUGGAAUGGCUUUGCCGUUUGUGUGUCUUUGCUACAACAGUAAAACGUGGAGGUGCUUUAAAGAGUGGACCUAACGCACAGGCUCUGCAAAUGAUGAAACAAUCUCUACCUUAUAAUCUGAAUGAGUUAACAUGGGAUGCUCAGCAUAAAACCAAUCUUGAGCAGAGUUAUUGCUAUUGUGGUGGCCCAGGCAUUUGGUAUAUUAAGAUGCUUCAGUGUUGUCGCUGCCGAAUGUGGUUUCAUGAAGCUUGUAUCCAGUGUCUCGAUCAGCCUUUGUUGUAUGGUGAUAGAUUCUAUAUGUUUGUGUGCUCCUUCUGCAAUUCUGGACCAGAAUAUCUGAAACGUAUUCCAUUAAAAUGGAUUGAUGUUGCUCAGUUGGCCUUGUUCAAUUUGUAUAUUGUUCACCAGAAAAAAUACUAUGAUUUAGAUAAAGUAAUAAUGCCUUGGGUCUAUAUGAAUUGGCAGAACCUGCAACUGGACUCGCUGGGAACACAUCUACGAAGUGAAGAGAAAGAAAAAAUGCUGGAAACUUUAAGGAGUCAUAAGAAAAGAUUUCAAUGUGGCCGUGAAAUAAAGAAAAGCCGAAGUUUGUGGGCACUACGUCUACGUCUACCUCCAACUCCACCAGCUAUUGAUUUUCCAAUUAAUGGCCAAAUUACUGAUGAUGUGAUGAACAAUCUACAAAUGAAAAGGCGAAAAACAAAAAUGAAUGCAUCCAAGUCUCAAAAUUCCAUCGUCAGUUCUUCUACAGACUCUAUAAGGAUAGAUAAAUCACCUGUUUAUAACAGCUCUCUUAGGUCCACUGGCCUGAACAGUUUUGAGAGAGCUUCAAGGGCUGUGAUGAAGAGUAGUGAACUUCCAGCUGACAUCUGUCACUCACCUCUCCAGUUAAAAAGAAAGACUAGUUCAGAUUUAGAUGAGUUACUUCUCAAGAGAAAAAAGACUGUUGUGAAUGGAAAUAAAGAAAGCUAUCGCAGAAGAAAUAAUAUAAAACGUUGCACAUUGGAUACUAUUAUACCACCACUUUCCAAUUUUGAUGGAAUUAAUCACCCUUUUAGAACUGAUUUAGAGCAAAAGAUGGAAAAAGAAAGACUAAAAUUGAAAGAAAAAAUUUUGAACUUUUACCAAAGUGAUUUUGACCAAGAAAAGAUUGAAGAAUUAACCAAAGAACUAGAAGCAUUUAGUCAACAGAAACAACCAUUGAAACAAAAAGGAAGAAGAAAAAUGAACAGCUUAAAAUGUAAACCAUCUCCACCAGCUUCCUCACGAAACCGAGGUAACUCAGUCUACACAGCCAAUGAUGAUAGCCUUUCAAAGAACAACCUCAAGCAGAUGUCCUCUUCAGUCAGUGAUUAUAUCAGUGUAGUGAAUAAAUUUGCCAAAAAAGAAACAUUUCAUGUGUUGGCACGCCGUUUUAUUCAGCAGGGCCAAGUCCAGUAUCUAAUUCAGUGGGAUGGUGUGCUUUCCUGAAAAGUUUGCUUUUCUAAUUUGUGUAUGAGAACUCUGUAAAUGCAUUUAAGGAAAAUUCAACUAUAUUGGCUCUUGUUAUGUAAUGCUAUUUUACUCAUCACCCAACAUGUAAACAUUGUGACACUUUAUGGUUUGAUUUGCUCAACUCAUAAAAAUUCAAAUUUAGUUUUUUUUUUUUUUUUUACAUUGCCAAUAUGAACUCUCCCAAAGAGUAAUCUGUUUUAGUUACAACAAUAAGAAAGCCUCUAUAUGGUCACUCAAACUGUAAGAAAUAGCCAAAUCUCCCUUAAAUUACAGCCUACUAUCUUACAAAGAAAAAAAUGAGGACACAUUGGAUAAUAUAGUCUUAUUUUUGCUAUAUCCAGAAAACAAAAUGGGUGGUCACAGUUGGAAUGCCAUUGACUGUAGGUUUGCUUAAAGAAAGCUGAUGUGGGGCUCAACAACAUCCAUCCAUGUGGAAAAAAAUGGAGCUAUAUAAAUGUUUACUGACGUUUAAAAAUGUUCUUAUAUUGAACUGAUUAUUUGCUAUCAUCACUGCUAAUUAUGUCAUGGGACUACGUUUUUUUCUUUUUCCAACAUCUAAUGUUAAAAUCUAAUUGUUAUUUUUAAUAUUCUUGUUCUUUUUAAAUGACUGGUGGUUUAUUUUUUUAUAUGCAUUUAUGAAUCAGAGUUUUAAAAAUAUAAAUAUACAAUUCUACUGUCAUUUAAAAUGGUUGACCAUCAAAUUCAGUAUAUUUUAUUAAUAAUGUUUCAAGAAAUAAACAAAAAAUUAUUAUCCAUGUGAA